CCAAAAAAAUACAUUUUUUUCCCCUGUUUUCUUUAAUCCAAUAAAAACAGAGAGACCUAAGAAACGAGAUCAAGCCCGUCGUUUUUUCCGAGGAAAAGUGGAUGACCCUUUAACAUAAUAAACCUAUUGGCCGGGGAGAUGGUGGAGAGUCGUCGAAUCUCUUGAUUUGUUUUUAUUUUCCUUUUCGAAAUUUUGUUCUGUUUCUGCUCUGUAAUGACGUUUUGAUUACUAUCCCCAAGCUGAAAGUGAAGAAAUUUUGAGGAAAAGGGUUUUCUUUUUUUGGGUUUCCUCUGUGCGAGAGAGAUAUGGCGGUUUCAGAGCAGAGCCCAGACGUCUUUCCAUGGCUGAAAUCGUUGCCGGUUGCUCCAGAGUUCCGACCUACUUUAGCAGAGUUCCAAGAUCCGAUCGCUUACAUUUUUAAGAUCGAAGAGGAAGCUUCCAAAUACGGAAUCUGCAAAAUUUUGCCUCCUGUUCCUCCUUCCUCUAAGAAAACCGCCAUUAAUAACCUCAACCGUUCUCUGGCAGCGCGAGCGGCGGCGAGGGUUCGUGACGGAGCCGACGACGGCGCGUGGGAUUACGACGGUGCUCCCACAUUCGCCACGCGUCAACAGCAGAUCGGGUUUUGCCCUAGGAAGCAGCGACCCGUACAGAGACCAGUGUGGCAGAGCGGAGAGCAUUACAGUUUCGGUGAGUUUGAGUUUAAAGCUAAGAACUUUGAGAAGAAUUAUCUAAGGAAAUGCGGCAAAAGGAGCCAACUUUCUGCCCUGGAAAUCGAAACCCUGUACUGGAGAGCCACAGUGGACAAACCCUUCUCUGUUGAGUACGCAAACGACAUGCCUGGCUCGGCUUUUAUUCCUCUGAGUCUGGCAGCUGCGAGGAGAAGAGAGUCUGGUGGUGAUGGAGGAACAGUUGGUGAGACAGCUUGGAACAUGAGGGCAAUGGCUAGAGCUGAAGGAUCGUUACUUAAGUUCAUGAAAGAGGAGAUCCCUGGAGUUACAUCUCCAAUGGUGUAUAUUGCUAUGAUGUUUAGUUGGUUUGCUUGGCAUGUCGAAGACCAUGACCUUCAUAGUCUCAAUUACUUGCAUAUGGGUGCUGGUAAGACUUGGUACGGUGUGCCAAAGGAUGCUGCUGUGGCCUUUGAGGAGGUGGUUAGGGUUCAUGGCUAUGGUGGAGAGCUUAAUCCUCUUGUGACGUUUUCAACUCUUGGUGAGAAGACUACUGUUAUGUCUCCUGAAGUAUUUGUUAGAGCCGGGAUACCGUGUUGCAGGUUAGUGCAAAAUCCUGGAGAGUUUGUCGUCACCUUUCCAGGAGCAUAUCAUUCAGGGUUUAGUCAUGGAUUCAAUUUUGGGGAAGCAUCUAACAUUGCAACUCCCCAAUGGUUGAGAAUGGCUAAAGAUGCUGCCAUCCGGCGAGCUGCAAUAAACUAUCCUCCAAUGGUUUCUCAUCUCCAGUUACUUUAUGACUUUGCAUUGGCUUUGGGUUCAAGAGUGCCAACAAGCAUCAACACCAAACCACGGAGUUCUAGACUGAAAGAUAAGAAAAGAAGCGAAGGAGAGAAAUUGACUAAAGAGUUGUUUGUGCAAAAUAUUAUCCACAACAAUGAAUUGCUCUGCUCUCUCGGAAAAGGAUCUCCGGUCGCUCUUCUUCCGCAGAGUUCCUCAGAUGUAUCGGUUUGUUCUGAUCUGAGAAUUGGAUCCCAUUUGAGAACUAACCAGGAAAAGCCAAUCCAGUUAAAAUCCGAGGACUUGAGUUCUGAUAGUAUUAUGCCCGGACUCAAUAACGGUUUCAAGGAUGCGGUUUCAGUGAAAGAAAAGUUUACAUCUUUGUGUGAAAGGAACAGAAAUCACCUGGCAAGCAGAGAGAACGAAACUCAAGGAACUUCAACAGAUGCUGAAAGGAAGAAAAAUGACAGAGCUGUUGGACUUUCGGAUCAGAGGCUUUUCUCUUGUGUUACAUGUGGAAUCUUAAGCUUUGAUUGUGUAGCGAUUGUUCAACCUAAGGAAGCAGCCGCUAGAUAUCUCAUGUCUGCAGAUUGUAGCUUCUUCAAUGAUUGGACAGUUGCUUCGGGACCUGCAAAUCUUGGUCAGGUUGCAGGAUCACUUCAUCCGCAAAGCACGGGAAAGCACGAUGUAGAUUACUUCUACAAUGUUCCUGUUCAAACUACGGAUCAUUCAAUGAAGACCGGCGAUCAAAGAACAUCAUCAAGUUCCCUAACAAAAGAGAAUAAAGAUGAUGGUGCUCUUGGGCUGUUAGCAUCAGCAUAUGGAGACUCUUCUGAUUCCGAGGAAGAAGAUCACAAAGGCUCAGAUAUUCCCAUUUCGGAAGGGAUAACAAGACAGUAUGAUCAAGAAGGUGCUUGUGUAUCUGAAGCAACAUCUUUUGAUACAGAUAGAAACGAGGAGGCUAGAGAUGGUCCAUCUUCUGAUAUUAACAGCCAAAGACUUACAAGUGGGAAAGGCAAAGAGAUUGACGUAUUACAUGCUACUUCAAGUUGCUCGACCCUUUCUUGUACAUCACUUCAGGAAAUAGCUUUACCAUUUAUUCCAAGAUCUGAUGACGAUUCCUCUCGGUUGCACGUCUUUUGUCUUGAGCAUGCUGCGGAAGUGGAACAGCAACUUCGUCCUAUUGGGGGGAUUCGCAUAAUGUUAUUAUGCCAUCCAGAGUACCCCAGGAUAGAGGCUGAAGCAAAGAUAGUUUCUGAAGAGCUUGGAGUCAAUCACGAGUGGAAUGAUACUGAAUUCAGGAAUGUGUCUCGAGUGGAUGAGGAAACGAUUCAGGCAGCGUUGGAUAAUGUUGAAGCUAAGGCUGGGAACAGUGAUUGGUCUGUAAAAUUGGGUAUUAACCUUUCUUACAGCGCCAUUCUCAGUCGCUCUCCUCUGUACAGUAAGCAGAUGCCUUACAACUCAGUCAUAUACAAUGCGUUCGGUCGUGGCUCUCCAGCAACGAGCUCACCCACGAAACCCCAAGUUUCUGGUAAAAGAUCUUCCAGACAGAGGAAAUAUGUUGUUGGAAAAUGGUGUGGGAAGGUUUGGAUGUCGCAUCAGGUGCAUCCCUUUUUGCUGCAGCAGGACUUAGAGGGGGAUGAAUCUGAAAGAAGUUGUCAUCUGCGAGGUGUUCUGGAAGAUGAUGUCAUUGGAAAGAGAUUGUCUCCUUGUAAUGCUUCUAGAGAUGCAACCACAAUGUUUGGAAGAAAGUAUUGUAGGAAGAGAAAGAUGAGAGCAAAGGCUUUGCCACGCAAGAAGCUUACCUCUUUUAAGAGGGAAGAUGUUGUUUCUGAUGACACAUCAGAGGAUCAUUCCUAUAAGCAGCAAUGGAGGGCUUCUGGGAAUGAGGAAGAGUCUUAUUUUGAGACAGGGAAUUCGGUUUCUGGUGAUUCAUCAAAUCAAAUGUCUGAUGAGCAGCAGGAAUUUGUGAGACACCAAGGUGAUAAAGAUUUUGAGUCAGAUGAUGAGGUUUCAGACCGUUCACUUGGAGAAGAAUAUGCUGUAAGGGAAUGUGCUGCUUCAGAGAGCUCAAUGGAGAAUGGCUCUCAGCUAUAUAGAGAGAACCAGUCAAUGUAUGAUCAUGAUGAUGAUGAUAUCUAUAGGCAUCCUAGAGGGCUUCCAAGGAGCAAACGGACUAAAUUCUUUAGGAAUCCGGUUUCAUAUGAUUCAGAAGAAAAUGGCCUAUAUCAACAAAGGGGAAGAGUAUCUACAAGUAAUGCGCAAAUUAGUCGAAUGGGUGGUGCGUACGAUUCAGCAGAUAAUUCACUGGAGGAACAAGAGUUUUGCAGUGCAGGGAAAAGGCAAACCAGGUCCACAGCUAAACGAAAAGUGAAAACCGAGAUAGUUCAGAGUCUGAGAGACACAAAAAGACGUGCUUUGCGACAAUCUGGACCCAGAAAGAAGAAUCAAGAAGUGGAUAUAUACAUGGAGGGACCGAGCACACGGCUGAGAGUGAGAAAUCUAAAUCCCUCAAUAGGGUCUUCUGAAACAAAACCAAAGAAAACUGGUAAGAAAAGAAACAGCAAUUCUUUUUCCAGAGUUGCAAGUGAGGAAGAGUUAGAGGAAGAUGAAGAAGAGAAUGAGCAAGAGGAAUGCGCACCGUACCAAUGUGACAUGGAGGGUUGCACGAUGAGUUUCACUUCGGAAAAACAGUUGGCUUUGCAUAAAAGAAACAUAUGCCCUGUUAAAGGUUGUGGUAAAAACUUCUUCUCACACAAGUAUUUGGUUCAACACCGGCGUGUUCACUCAGAUGACCGUCCUCUGAAAUGUCCAUGGAAGGGCUGCAAGAUGACGUUCAAGUGGGCUUGGUCUAGAACCGAGCACAUCAGGGUUCACACAGGUGCAAGGCCUUAUGUUUGUGCUGAACCAAGUUGCGGUCAGACUUUUCGGUUUGUCUCAGAUUUUAGCCGGCAUAAAAGGAAGACCGGUCAUUCAGUAAAGAAGACAAAGAAAAGGUGAUUUAGGUUCUAACAUGGAAUCUAUCUUGAAGAGAUUAUGAUCCAUUGGUCUAUAAGAAGAGAAAUUGGAUUUAGGGUUUUGAGGGUCCCUGGUUCUUGCAGACAUUUCACUACUCUGUUAUUAUUUUUACAGUUUAAUCUGUAAAAAAAUCCUUAUGUAGGAGACUAUUAUGUUCAUGUUACUUUCUUUCUUCUUGGCUUUUGAUAAGUAAAGGAGAAGCUUUUAUGAUUAAGACAUUAUCUCAAA